AUGUUCGCCGCUUCUCGUAUCCAGCGCCGUGCUUUCUCGGCCACCGCCCGUGACCUCUCCAAGGUCACCGUUCUCGGUGCUGCCGGUGGCAUUGGCCAGCCUCUCUCUCUUCUCCUCAAGAUGAACCCCCGCGUCACUGACCUCGCUCUCUACGAUAUCCGUGGCGGACCCGGUGUUGCUGCUGACAUCUCCCACGUCAACACCAAGUCCACCGUCAAGGGCUACGAGCCCAACGCUGCCGGACUCAAGGAGGCUCUCUCUGGUGCCGAGGUUGUCCUCAUCCCCGCUGGUGUUCCCCGCAAGCCCGGUAUGACCCGUGACGAUCUCUUCAACACCAACGCCUCCAUCGUCCGCGACCUCGCCAAGGCCGCUGCUCAGGCUGCUCCCAAGGCCAAGCUCCUGAUCAUCUCCAACCCCGUCAACUCUACCGUCCCAAUCGUCAAGGAGGUUUUCAAGGCUGAGGGUGUCUACAACCCCAAGACCCUCUUCGGUGUCACCACCCUCGAUGUUGUCCGUGCCUCCCGAUUCGUUUCCGAGAUCAAGGGCACCGACCCCAAGGACGAGAACAUCACCGUUGUCGGUGGCCACUCCGGUGUCACCAUCGUCCCUCUCUUCUCCCAGUCCAACCACCCCGACCUCUCUUCCAACGCUGAGCUCGUCAAGCGUGUCCAGUUCGGUGGUGAUGAGGUUGUCAAGGCCAAGGACGGUGCUGGCUCUGCCACUCUUUCCAUGGCCAUGGCUGGUGCCCGCAUGGCUGACUCCAUCCUCCGCGCUGUCCAGGGCGAGAAGGGUGUCAUUGAGCCCUCUUUCGUCGAGUCUCCUCUCUACAAGGACCAGGGUAUUGAGUUCUUCAGCUCCAAGGUUGAGCUCGGCCCCGAGGGUGUUGAGAAGAUUCACCCUCUCGGCAAGCUCGAUGCCAACGAGGAGAAGCUCGUUGACGCUGCUCUCGUCGACCUCAAGAAGAACAUCGAGAAGGGCGUUGCCUUCGUUGCCUCCAACCCUCCCAAAUAA